UUCAUUUGAUUGGUCAGUCAAGAAGGAAGCUGUCUUCUAUUCGUUCAUGAUGACUGACAUCCGCUCCGCCAUUUUGCAGCUGCGCCGCAACUGUCGUCGUAGGUUAUCGGCCGGCGAAUAAAAUUUCAAUCAAGCCGCUUUGCGGCAAUCCGCUUCUAAUUUUUAAAGGCGAGGCUCUCAAAAUGCAUCUCUACAGUUUGACCCUUCAAGGGUCAACAUGCAUCACGCAUGCCGUCCACGGAAACUUCUCUGGCACGAAGCAGCAGGAAAUUAUAAUAUCACGAGGCAAGACAUUGGAGUUGCUUCGUCCCGACCCCAAUACCGGCAAGGUGCAUACCUUGAUGAAAGUGGAAAUCUUCGGGAUCAUACGUUCUAUGAUGUCCUUCCGUCUCACCGGUGGAACUAAAGAUUAUAUUGUUAUUGGGUCUGACUCUGGACGCAUUGUCAUUAUGGAGUAUAUUCCCGCUAAGAACAUUUUGGAGAAAGUUCAUCAAGAGACAUUUGGCAAAUCAGGAUGCCGAAGGAUAGUACCUGGGCAAUAUUUGGCCAUUGACCCUAAAGGUAGAGCCGUAAUGAUAGGUGCAAUUGAAAAACAAAAACUUGUUUACAUAUUGAACAGAGAUGCGGAGGCUAGACUCACAAUCUCAUCACCUCUUGAAGCUCACAAGUCCAACACAUUGGUUUACCACAUGGUGGGUGUUGAUGUGGGCUUUGAAAACCCCAUGUUUGCUUGUCUUGAGAUAGACUAUGAAGAGGCUGAUACUGAUCCCUCUGGUGAGGCUGCCCAAAAAACACAGCAGACCUUGACAUUCUACGAGCUAGACUUGGGUCUCAAUCAUGUAGUCAGAAAAUACUCUGAACCUCUUGAAGAGCAUGCUAAUUUUUUGAUCACCGUACCUGGUGGCAAUGAUGGACCUUCAGGAGUACUUAUUUGUUCUGAGAACUACCUAACUUACAAGAAUUUGGGUGACCAACAUGACAUCAGGUGUCCUAUACCCCGCCGGCGGAAUGACCUGGAUGACCCUGAAAGAGGCAUGAUCUUUGUCUGCUCUGCCACCCACAAAACUAAGUCUAUGUUUUUCUUUUUGGCACAAACUGAACAGGGAGAUAUAUUCAAAAUAACCAUUGAAACUGAUGAUGACAUGGUGACAGAAAUCAAACUGAAAUAUUUUGACACAGUACCAGUUGCCACAUCCAUGUGUGUUUUGAAAACUGGUUUCCUGUUUGUGGCCUGCGAGUUUGGUAACCAUUUCCUGUAUCAAAUUGCUCAUCUGGGAGAUGAAGAUGAUGAACCAGAGUUCAGCUCUGCCAUGCCUUUAGAAGAAGGAGAUACAUUCUUCUUUGCACCAAGGCCCUUGAGAAAUUUGGUUUUGGUUGAUGAACUAGAUUCACUGUCACCAAUAUUAGCCUGCCAUGUAGCAGAUUUGGCUGGAGAAGAUACACCCCAGGUAUAUUUAGCCUGUGGACGCGGGCCCAGAUCUUCCAUCAGGGCAUUGAGACAUGGACUCGAAGUGGCAGAGAUGGCUGUAUCAGAGUUGCCUGGCUCCCCUAAUGCUGUGUGGACUGUCCGCAGGCACAAAGAUGAGGAAUAUGAUUCUUACAUCAUUGUGUCAUUCGUAAACGCCACGCUCGUGCUCUCUAUCGGUGAGACAGUCGAGGAAGUCACGGACUCUGGGUUCUUGGGGACGACGCCCACCCUGAGCUGUCACGCUCUCGGAAACGAUGCUUUGGUGCAAGUGUACCCGGACGGCAUCCGACACAUCCGCGCCGACAAGCGGGUAAACGAGUGGAAGGCGCCGGGAAAGAAAUCCAUCGUAAAAUGCGCCGUCAAUCAAAGACAAGUAGUGAUAGCAUUGACUGGUGGUGAACUUGUCUAUUUUGAAAUGGAUCCUACUGGACAACUCAAUGAAUACACAGAAAGAAAAAAGCUGUCGUCUGAUGUAUCGUGUAUGGCGUUAGGUUCUGUAGCUACUGGAGAACAGAGGGCAUGGUUUUUAGCUGUAGGCUUGAAUGACAACACUGUCAGAAUCAUCUCUUUAGAUCCAUCGGAUUGCCUAUCACCACGAUCAAUGCAAGCCCUGCCUGCCGGUGCAGAAUCUUUAUGUAUUGUUGAACAACCUUUCGAAUCCGGCGCGAAAUCAGCCUUGCAUCUUAACAUUGGCUUGAGCAAUGGCGUGUUGCUGAGAACUACGCUAGAUUCUGUCAGUGGCGACCUAGCGGAUACUAGAACAAGAUAUCUUGGCUCAAGGCCUGUGAAAUUGUUCAAAGUCAGGGUGCAAGGAACAGAAGCAGUGUUAGCUGUGUCCUCCCGAACAUGGCUUGGUUACCAUUAUCAAAAUCGUUUCCAUCUUACUCCUCUGUCAUAUGAAUGUCUGGAGUAUGCUGCAGGAUUUAGUUCAGAACAAUGUGCUGAAGGUAUAGUCGCUAUUUCAUCAAACACGCUGAGAAUUCUAGCCCUAGAAAAACUGGGUGCAGUGUUCAACCAGACAUACUUGCCACUAGAGUACACCCCUAGAAAAUUCGUGAUAAAUUCAGACAACAAUCAUAUUAUUAUUUUGGAGACUGACCACAAUUCUUACACUGAAGAAAUGAAAAAACAAAGAAGGGUUCAAAUGGCACAAGAAAUGCGCGAAGCGGCCGCGGGCGGUGGGCCAGAAGAGCAACAACUUGCUAACGAAAUGGCUGAUGCUUUCCUUUCUGAUAUAUUACCAGAAAAUUUAUUUUCAUCACCUAAAGCUGGAGCAGGUAUGUGGGCGUCACAAAUCCGCGUGGUAGACAUGGGCAUCGGCGGCGGGCAGCCCAGCACUCUGUUCAAGUUGCCGCUGGAGCAGAACGAGGCGGCCGUGUCCAUGUGCCUCGUCCGCUGGGCCGCGCACGGGGAACACGCCAGGCCGCAUCUCGUCGUAGGAGUCGCGAAAGACGCCAUUUUGUCGCCUAGAUCCUGCACGGAAGGAAGUUUACAUGUGUAUAAGAUAUAUGGCAGCACAGGAAAAUUGGAGUUGGUUCACAAAACUCCAAUAGAUGAAUACCCUGGUGCGCUGGCAACGUUCAACGGUAAACUAGUGGCAGGAGUCGGCCGCAUGUUGCGUCUCUACGACAUCGGGCGGCGGAAACUGCUGCGGAAAUGUGAAAACAGGCACAUUCCCAACCUCAUUGCAGACAUCAAAACCAUUGGACAGAGAAUCUUCGUAUCGGACGUUCAGGAAUCAGUAUUAUGUGUCAAGUACAAAAAGAGAGAAAAUCAAUUGAUUAUCUUUGCAGACGACACAAAUCCAAGAUGGAUUACAAACACGACUAUUUUAGAUUACGACACUAUAGCAAUGGCUGACAAGUUUGGUAACAUUGCCAUCAUGAGACUGCCUCAGUCUAUAUCUGAUGAUGUUGAUGAGGAUCCUACAGGAAACAAAGCUCUAUGGGACAGAGGUUUGCUCAACGGGGCGUCGCAAAAAGGGGAAAUAGUUGUUAACUUCCACAUUGGUGAGACAGUGACUUCAUUACAAAGGGCGACGCUGAUUCCUGGUGGAUCUGAAGCUCUUUUGUACGCGACGGUCAGCGGCUCUCUCGGAGUAAUGCUUCCGUUCACAUCGAGGGAAGACCACGAUUUCUUCCAACAUUUGGAAAUGCACAUGAGAAGUGAAAAUCCGCCGCUGUGUGGGCGCGACCACUUGUCGUUUAGAAGUUACUAUUACCCAGUCAAGAAUGUGAUAGAUGGUGAUCUCUGCGAGCAGUUUAACUCCUUGGACACAGAUAAGCAAAAAGCAAUCGCUGGCGACUUGGAAAGAACGCCGGCAGAAGUGUCAAAGAAACUAGAAGACAUAAGAACCAGAUAUGCAUUUUAGAGAUAAAACAAUAAUUGUUCUAAGAUAAGAAAUAAAUUAAUGAAUGAAAUACCAAAA